AUGGCAUUCUCAUACCCCAAUAAACUCUCCCUUAUUUUCUUAAGUCUCCUUGUCGUACUAGAUUUUCAACUAAAUGUUGCUUUUGAUUCCACUCAAGAAGCACAAGCUCUUCUUAAAUGGAAAGCCAGCCUUCAAAACCAGACCCAUUUUGUCCUCUCUUCAUGGUCUCUUUAUCCUGUUAAUGCUACCAAUAAUUCUACUCAACACAGAACCAAAAUAAACCAUUGUACUAAUUGGGUUGGAGUUUCUUGUGACCAUGCUGGAAGCAUCCAUAGAUUGAACCUGUCUACUAUAGGUUUAAAAGUUAUCCCUACACAAAUUCGUAAUCUCUCCAAACUGAAGUAUCUUGACUUGUCAACUAAUCAGUUUUCUGGGAAAAUACCAACUGAAAUCGGUCUCCUUACAUAUCUUGAGACACUCCACCUGGUUGAGAAUCAGUUGGAUAGUUCAAUUCCAAAAGAAAUAGGCCAACUAAGUUCUCUUAGUGAACUGGCUCUGUAUAGUAACUGCUUGGUCGGCUCAAUUCUUGCUUCUUUGGGAAAUUUGAGCAACUUGGCUUUGUUGUAUCUUUUUAAUAAUUCACUUUUUGGUUCCAUUCCUUCAGAGAUGUUAAACCUCUUGAAUUUGGUCGAACUUUACAUUGAUACCAAUAGCUUAACUGGUUCAAUCCCGUCAAGUCUUGGAAACCUUAGAAACCUAGAAGUCUUGCACAUGUUCCACAACCAGCUUUUUGGUUCCAUUCCUCAAGAAUUAGGAAAUUUGGAGUCUCUCACUAAUAUUAGUCUUCAUAGCAAUAAUCUUUCAGGUUCAAUUCCACCGUCUCUUGGAGGCUUGAGAAAUCCCCUCAAUCUUCAUUCAUACAAUAAUCAACUUUCUGGCUAUAUUCCCCCUGAAAUCGGGAACCUGAGAAACCUUGAAAUUGGAAAUUUCAUGAGUUUGACUAUAUUAGAAAUAGACCAUAACGGCUUCACCGGUUCUUUACCCCAUAAUGUAUGUCAUGGUGGUUCACUUGAGAGGUUUAGUGUGAAAAACAACAAUUUUUUUGGUCCAAUUCCCAAAGACUUGAGAAAUUGCACAAGCCUAACAAGAAUCCUUUUACAAGGAAACCAACUUGUUGGCAAUAUACUUGAAGAAUUUGGCAUCUAUCCAAAGCUAGAUUUACUAGAUCUCAGUCAUAAUAAAUUUUCUGGUGAAAUUUCAUCUAGCUGGGGAAAGUGUCCAAAAUUAGGCACCCUAAAGAUAGCAGAGAAUAAUCUUACUGGCAGUAUACCAAUUGAACUUGGGAACUUAACUCUACUAGACAUUCUUGAUCUUUCUUCAAAUCAUCUGGUUGGAGAGAUUCCAAAAGAAUUUGGAAAUUUAACUUCUCUAGAGCGUCUAAAUCUGAAUGGCAAUCAACUUAUUGGUGGUAUACCUCCGGAAAUUGGAUUACUCACUGAAAUUAAGAGUCUUGAUUUGUCUGCAAACAGGUUGAGCACUCCAAUCCCUGGAAGUCUUGGGAACUUGUUGAAAAUGUUUUACUUGAAUUUGAGCAACAACUAG